AGCAUCCGUCGGCUGGUCGCAAGUCUCUCUGGUCUCUGUGAUCACCGCCUCAGCGACGCAACCACCUUAUACAAGCGCCGCCAUGAACGCCGUUCUCUCCACCGUCCUCAUCGGUUUGGUCUCUGCCGCCUCCGCCGGCUUCAUCGGUGGUUACCAUGGUGGACACGGCGCAGGAGUUGCCGCUGGCGAAGGCGCUGGCUACGGGGCCGGUUAUGGCGCAGGCGUCGGCGCAGGUGUUGGCGCAGGUGUUGGCGCUGGUGCCGGAGCUGGCGUCGGCGCUGGCCACGGGGCCGGUUAUAGUGCAAGUUCUAGCGCUCACUCAGGCCCCGGCUCCGGCUCUGGCUCUGGCUCUGGCUCCGGUUCCGGCUCCGGCUCUGGCUCCGGCUCUGGCUCCGGUUCCGGCUCUGGCUCCGGGUCCGGCUCCGGGUCCGGCUCUGGCUCCGGGUCCGGCUCUGGCUCCGGUUCCGGUUCCGGUUCUGGCUCCGGCUCUGGCUAGGGCUCUGGCUCCACCUCUCGCUCCAGCGCUCGCUACGGCUCUGCUGGCGCAGUUCUAGCUGUCACUGCCGCUCCUGCUGUGAUCCGCUCCUGACGCACUUAAAAGAAGUUAUGCAUCAUUGCUUGUUUAUAUAUUGGCACAUACUGCUAGUUACGGCGAGUAAGUUAGCAUUGCCGGAGAUCGCGAGUGUCCAUGUUUUGUUAAGAUGGAGAGUUUUGAGUAUUGUUUGCACAGCGCAAAGCUAUAUUUGCGCUCAUUUACUGAGCAUGAUGGAAAAUUAGGAUCGUAAGACGAGGAAAUAUGAAAGCAAGUAUACUAAAAACAAGCUUACUCUCAACAAAGUUUACUGAAAGAUGAGGACUGUUUAUUUGUUAAGCACAAGAACACAAGGAUAAAGACCAGCUGAUGGUCCACAUGAAGAAAUAAAGACAAGAGUAAUUUCAACGUGGCUAGACAAUUUAUUUCAGCGAGAUUAAUAUCAGGGUAGUUGCCCUUGAGGCUUUUACUAUCGAGCAUGUGUCUUUCUUUAAUGUUUUCCAUGUUAUCAAUUUCGCAAUCUCUUUUAUUAUUUCAAUUUUAGCUUUACCUUGCUUCACAUGUGCGGCCGCUCAUUGUAUUUUAAACCAUAUCCAGAACGUUUGUCCUGCCUUUUACCGAUAUGAGGUUGUGUCCGGCUUUGUAUGUUUUUGUUUGUCUCACGUGGUUCGUAUCAUAUUGAAACAUGUUUUACGCGUACCUUCCAUAAUAAAUAGCCUUAUAUUCUGUGAGAAGUGAGAGAAUGACACUUAUAAAAACAGCUGUUUGCAAAUAAAAUUGCUGUUGGCCAUUUA